UUUUCUUCCCUUCUAUUCCGAUGGCACCAAAGCGGCUCGUCGAAGAUCUUCCGUCCGCGCAUGCCUUUUCAGAUUCCGAAGAAGAAUCCGAUUAUGAGACUCAUGAAGAGGAUCGGGAAAUUGAUAAUCUAAUGCAGAACUCCGAGGACGAAAUCGAUGAACACACCCACGAAGAUGAAGAGGAAGAACAACAAGAAGAACAAGAACAAGCAAUCCCCUCUCCUGUCAUCCCUAGACGUGAAAAUUCUCUCGAAAAGGAUUCUGGGUUCGUCUCAGAUUCCGAUUCUGAGAAAACCCAAUCCUCCCCAAGUGCUUCUGCUUUCACCAUUAAACCGAUUCUUCGGAAAUUGGCCUGUGGGUCUUCUAAACCUAACAAGGAUUCACACAAGUCGAGCAUAGAUUGUGCUACUGUGAAGCCACCUUUUAGUUCAUGCUUAAAGCGCCCGAUUGAGAAUAACUUCCAAGGGAAUGAGUCGAAUAAGAAGAAGAUGAAGAGGGUAAUGAAUGGCGAAGAUAUUGAAGAAGGGAAAAAGGUGUGUGGGUCCGGCAUUAACAGGCUGUGGAGUGAGGAUGAUGAGAUUUCGAUACUACAGGGGAUGAUUGAUUUUCAAUCGGCAAAGGGGUCUGAUCCUUAUACCGAUAUGAGCCAAUUUCUAGAGUUCAUAAAGAAAAAUCUAAGCGUUAAUGUUUCGAAGAAUCAAUUGAUCGAUAAAGUGAGGAGGCUGAAGAAGAAGUACAAGAACAACUCGGAGAAGGGCAGGAAUGGGGACGACCCUGUAUUUUUGAAACAGCAUGAGCACAAUUCGUUUGUGCUGUCGAAGAAAAUAUGGGGCAAUGAAGCAAAGAAUAAGCCGAGGAAGCAUAGUGUGAAAGCUAGCAAUUCAGUGUCUAUAAGCUCGCCGAGAGUGGAUGUGGAAGCAGCAAAGAAAGAGACUGUGAACAAUAAUAAUGUUGAGAGUAAGAUUUUGGCAGAGGAGUUUCUAUCAGAAUAUCCAUGGCUGAAGGCUUCUUUCAUGGUGGAGAAUGGUAAGUUCUGUUCAGAAGGGCUAAUGCGGCUUGUUAGGGAAAGAAUGCCAUCAAUUGGGAGUGAAAAAGCGAAGGAAUUGGAUGACAAAUGGAGGAUGUUGGGAGAAAACGAACUGGAAUUGUAUGUGAAGAAGGUUGAAUUAGUUAGGGAACAAUGUAAACUAAUAUUGGAUUCAAUGGGGAAGGCAAAGAGAGGUUCCUAAGCCAAUCAAGGUAACUAAUAGACUCUCUUCGGGAAGUUUUUUUUUUUCUUUCUUUUUUCUUUUUUCUUUUUUCUUUUUUGGGUCUGAAAUUCUUUGAACUAUGAGCAUUCUGGAGUGGUGCUUGUCCACAACAUGGCAGAGAAAUAGUUGCUUCUGUAUUUUUCUGAGUUAUAAUAUAUAAUAGGUGAUAUUCCUUUUUAGUGUUUCUACACAUUUCCCUUUGUUUCUAAGAUGGAAAAUUCAAGAGAAUGUUCAUAAUAUUUGAGAUAUA